CUGGCUACAACGAUUUUUUCUUUCGGUGUUAAAAGUAUUAUUUUUAAUAUAUAAUUUUCAUUUGUUGUGCGUGUGUGCAUUGCACGCCAGUGUGUGUGCGUGUUACCAUCAACGCUCCAAAACUGCGUUUCAAAUCGACGCCAUGAGCAACAAUAGGAACAGGAAAAUGCAAGCCUGCUAGUAGUAUCAUAAAGACAAGAGCAAGAAAUAAGAUCAAGAUCCCACGAUGAGCCGCCAGGAGACGGCGUCAUCGUCAUCGCUUGCUCUGGGAGCAACAACCACCACCAGCAGCAGUAGUAGCAGUAGCAGCAGCAACACCACAACCACCACCACCACUACCACCACCACAUCUAGUAAAAUAUCCACCUCAACUCCUCAAAAGGGUGAUGACCCGCAUCGCGAUGAGGAGGAGUUCAUUAAUCGGAGUAUCGCUAGUGAGAUCGAUGCCAAUGAUGUCAUAUCCAUGUCCAUUGAUAGCAGCAAUAAUAGCAAUAGCACUGCUGCCACAACAGGUCCCACUUUGAGUGGCAGUCCCGUGGCCAAACGUCAAUUGAACUCGGCGAAUCUGUCGCGCAUACGACCGCAAUCAAGUUAUUCGGCUCGUGUCCUCAUCUUUGAUGAUUCGGAUCAGGAGGCAGCGGCAGCAGUUGCCGCCUUGGCAGCUGGCGCUUCGUCAUCGAAUAGCAGUGCCAAAUCGUGUAGUGGCUUGGAACUGUUGCCCACAUCGCCAGCAAAGCUGUCGAUUGGCAACGAUAGCAGCACCAAUGGCUCUUCGAUGAUGCGGAAUCUGAAUCUUACGAAAAGCUCAUCGGGCGGUCUAUCGGGCAGUUCCAGUUCGCUACAUUCGCGUGGUUAUACAGCUUUGCUACGCAAAAUCUCUUAUCAGCAGCAUACAAACUCCUUAAGGGCCGUCAGUAGUGAGGCCUCCAAUUUAUUGCGUAUGCGGCAUUCGUCUCUGGGAAAAUCAGCUCCAUGUUUAACUGGAAACUAUUUUCGUCAAGAACUGGCUGCCGCUGCUGCUGCUGCUGCAGCCGCUGCUCCGCCUUCCAAUCAGGCAUCAUUUCAGGGAUCGGCGGCGGCAAAUGCUUCGCCUGGUCUCAAUAUCUCACGUUCGGGUAGCUGUGCUGGCAUCGGUUUGGCCAAGCAGCAUCAUCAUCAUCAUCAUUUGCAUGGUGUGGUAAUGCGUGGCUCGACUGGCAGCAGCAGCUCUGGUUCCUCCUCUGGCAUCUCAUCAAGCGGUGUGGCCCAUCAUCGUCUCAGUUUGGUCACCAAUGCUGCCGGCGUAGCCGCAGCUGUGGCCGGAUCUCGUGCCCACUCGCCCUACUCAGCGAGCCCAGUGGAUAGUCCACGUCUCAAUUCACCCAUGCCAUUUGCAUUUGCACCCAUUAAAAGGAUAGCCUCGUGUCGCGGUGUGGUCGACGGUCGUCGCUGGUCAGUGGCAUCGCUGCCCUCAUCCGGCUACGGCACUACGCCAGGCAGCUCGAAUCUAUCAUCCCAGUGCUCGAGCCAGGAAGCACUCAAUCAAUUGCCGCCGCCGGCACCAUCUGCCGCUGGCGUCCAAGAGGAUGCGGCAGCUGUGGCCGCUGGAGCUUGUUGUGCCGAGCAUUUGAAGCAGCAUUGCCCCAAGCAUUGUGCAUUGCUAUUGGCCGCCACUCAAAAGCCAACACAACAACAACAACAACCAUCACCUAAGCCGGUCCAGCUGCAUCCGCAGAAGAUUGUAACCGGCUGCAUAAAUUGUUGUGCCGAGCUUAAUGUGGUCUGCAGUGGCCAACAAGGUGUCGCUUCUGGUGGUGGUGGUGGUGGUCAGCCAGCUAAUAGCUCACCCUCACAGGCUAUUCCUGGAGGACGUAUGUCACCAUAUUUUCGUCCACGCUCGCGCUCUUUAUCCAGUCCCUCGCGUUCACCCAUUGUCGACAAUGAGAUUGCCGUGAUGAAUACCCUCUACAAGGAACGUUUCCCCAAGGCCACCCAACAGAUGGAGGAGCGUCUGAAGCAUUUCAUCCAUGAAAACAAGAGUGCAGCAUGCAGCAGCUUUCGAGAUUCUCAGCCCAUAGUGCGGUUUGUUCAUCAUCAGGUUUUGGAAAUGGCACGCGAUUGCCUACAUAAAUCGGAGGCCAAGUUGAUAACUUCGCAAUAUUUCUACGAAUUAAGCGAUAAUCUGGAACGUUUGCUCGUCGAGACAAAGGAAAAGUCACCAGAGGCUGCAGCCGAGCUGAGUGGAGUGAUUAAGAAACUUUUGUUAAUUAUCUCUCGUCCGGCCCGUCUGCUCGAAUGCCUGGAAUUCGAUCCACAAGAGUUUUACGAACUACUCGAGGCAGCUGAGGGACAUGCUAAGGCUAUGCCGGUGAUAAAAGCCGAUAUACCGCAAUAUAUAAUACAUAAAUUGGGCCUAAAUCGUGAUCCUAUAGCUGAACUGCAGCAGGAGCUAAGAGAAACGCAACAAAUGUGCUCGGAACAGGUUACAGUGGAGGCAUCCCAGGAUUCAAGUGGAGCUCUGUUGCUUAAUUCGCCAUUGACAUGUGCUGCCAAGCAAUUGAGCAAUCUGGCCUUGGAUGGCCUGCUAGAUAAUAGUAAUCCGAAUGCCAGCAGCGGAUCAAGCACACCGCAGGCCAAAUUGCCAACACAACCACCCCAGACGCCAGUCGCACCCACAGAUGCCCAUCCGGCACCCAGUUUCGCUCUGGCUGUUAGUCAACUCAAUGAACGUGAGGCCAAUGCUAAUGCCCUGCUUUCCUCUGGCCAGCAGCAACAACCUUUACCCCAUGAAAACGAUUUUGACAUUGUCAAGCUGAUCUCAAAUGGCGCCUAUGGAGCCGUCUAUCUGGUGAAGCACAAGACCACACGCCAACGCUUUGCCAUGAAGAAAAUCAAUAAAAAUAAUCUCAUCCUGCGUAAUCAAGUGGAACAAGUGUUUGCCGAACGUGACAUACUCUCGUUUGCCGAUAAUCCCUUUGUGGUCAGCAUGUACUGCUCCUUCGAGACAAAGAAACAUCUCUGCCUGGUCAUGGAGUAUGUGGAGGGUGGCGAUUGUGGUACUCUCUUAAAGAACAUUGGACCUCUGCCCGCGGACAUGGCACGAUUCUAUUUUGCCGAAACAGUAUUAGCCGUAGAGUAUCUACAUAGCUAUGGUAUUGUCCAUCGUGAUCUCAAACCGGAUAAUUUGCUCAUCACUGCAUUGGGUCAUAUCAAGCUAACCGAUUUUGGACUAUCCAAAAUGGGUUUAAUGUCAUUGGCAACCAAUCUGUAUGAGGGUUACAUUGACUCGGAGACACGACAGUUUUCCGACAAGCAGGUUUACGGCACACCCGAGUAUAUAGCCCCAGAGGUUAUUCUACGUCAGGGAUAUGGCAAACCAGUCGAUUGGUGGUCCAUGGGCAUCAUACUCUACGAGUUUCUUAUUGGCUGUGUGCCCUUUUUUGGUGAAACGGCUGAGGAACUGUUUGCCCAUACGGUGAACGAUGACAUCGAGUGGCCCGAUAGCGAGGAUUGGCCGGUACAAGGGGAGGCCAAAGAUAUUAUAACACAAUUGUUGCAACAAAAUCCCCGUGAUCGUUUGGGCACUCAGACUGGAGCCUUAGAGAUGAAGGAGCAUGUCUAUUUCCUGGGCAUGGAUUGGAAUUCAUUGUUGCGUCAGAAGGCUGAAUUUGUUCCACAACUAUCGCACGAGGAUGACACAAGCUAUUUUGACACACGCAUGGAUCGCUAUAAUCAUGAUUUGGCCGGUGAGGAUACAGACGAUACUGAUGAUACGCCAGUCUUUGGUAGCUUCAAUUCAUAUACACCGCAAUAUAGAAAACAACACUAUAGUUGGUCACGGAAUGCCAAUUCCACCAACAGCACCACAACCACAAUAGAUGGAGUAAACAAGGGAACAUUGUUGACAUCAUUGCCAUCGAGGGCUCAGGAAUUUAUGAUCACUUCAUCAUCGGCCAUGACGAUGCCAUCAACGACAAUGAUACCAGCAGGAGCAGCAGCAGCAGCAGCAGCAUCAGGAGCAUUACCCAAAUUAAAAACGUCAAAUGCCAUUUGUACAUUGGGAUCUAAUGCUAAUGAUGGAGUGAUUAAUAAAUUUUUAAAUACUCCACAAUUGCGUAAAUUGGAUCUCUCGUCUAGCCAAUUGAAGGUACCCUCGACCCCGGAUGCCGAAUAUUUACCCGAACUUCUUCAUAAUGUUACAAUUGGUAACGAUGCCGAGCUCCGAAUGCUCAAGCAUUAUUUGCAGCAACCGACGUCCACUGUACAGAGAUUGCAACAGCGUCACAGUAUGCCACCGAACACGACGACGAUCAUUAGCACACCAGCUACACCGCCGCCGACCCAAACCGCCGCUACACCACCUACAACCACUGUGAGCAGUUUCUCACGCAGCACACCGGAGAGUUCGCAAACGGAUAGCGAUGACUUCUCGCCCCAAAUCAAUCGCAAGCGGAAGGGUGUCUGCGCCCGUGAUAUUUUGCCACGCUUCUCCAUUUCGAUUGAGGAUGAGACCAUUUCGGCAGGCAGCUCAUCGGCGGAGAAUGUGAAUAUGCCCAGAGAGCAGUCGCCGUUGGCUCUGCAGCAUCAACCGAAAUCUAUGGAUGGCACUAGCAGCACAAGUGGCAGCAGCAGCAGCAGCAUGAAGCAUCAUCGUUCCCGGUCAAUUGUGAAAUCGGCCUCAGCUUUGGGUCUCUCUCUUAUGACUUCACUGGACAAUUCGCAAUUGGCCGCCCAACUGUGUGGCAUUCAGUCGCCAGGUGGUGGAGGCAAUGGUUCGAGCACGGCCAGUUCCAGGGACACGUCGCCGUGCCGGGAACUCUCCCCACUGGUUACCAAUCUGAAGCCGCCCAUCAUUAUACGCCGUGGCCCACGAGGAUUUGGCUUCACUGUGCACACAAUACGUGUGUAUUAUGGUGAUACAGAUUUCUAUACGAUGCAUCAUUUGGUCAUGGCCGUAGAUGAGGGUAGUCCGGCAUUUGAGGCCGGCUUGAGGCCAGCUGAUCUAAUAACUCAUGUUAAUGGAGAAGCUGUCCAGGGGCUAUUCCAUACCCAAGUACUGCAAUUGCUUCUCAGUGGCGGCGAACAUGUUACAUUGAGGGCCACUCCUCUGGAGCACACGAGCAUACAGAGCGGUGGUCGGAAGCGUGAUCUCAUGCAGAGCAAGCUGGCCAAGAAGGGUCUCAAUCGUCAGAAGAAACAAACGAAGCGAGAGCACGAUAAGAAGCGAAAGACAUCGCUUUUCCGUAGGAUAAGCAGUAAGCGUGCCAAUGCGGAGAUGCAGCAAUAUUCCGCUGGCACUAGUUCACCCACCACGCCAUCGGCUAGGAAUCUUUCACCCUUGGAUUCAUCGUAUCAUAGCCAAUCGGCGGCAAAUUCCUCAUCCACUUCACCAUCAUCCUCAUCGCCCAAUACACCGACUGGUUCAAGUGCCUCUAAUAGCGGCGCCGGAGCUGUCGGAGGAGGCGGCGGAGUAGGCGGUGGAGGAGGAGGAGUAACACCUGCAUUAGUCCAAUUGCCAUUGGCCGCACCCACCAAUCAGGUUGUGCUCCUACCACAUGUAGGAGCUGCUGUUGGCAGCAGUCCCACAUCAGUGGGAAAUGUACCAGUGUCUCCCACAGGAGUGGUGCCGCAGCUUUAUCAACGUCCAUCCACCUUACAUGGUCUCAAGCACAAGUUACACGCUCCCACAACAUCGAAUGCCGCCAAUCCAGCUGGUGGAUUGAAAACCUUACACACAACAAGCAAUAACUCACUGCCCAAUCGAAGGAAAUCGGUGGGGCAUAUACCACUAUCUCCAUUGGCACGUACACCGUCGCCAUCGCCUCUGCCAUCCUCUCCAACACGAUCGCCAUCGCCCCUGGCCUUUCCGCUAGUGGGUCAUCAGCCAGGAGCAUCAAACACGACUCAAUCGUACAGUCCGGGAAGUACUUUGCCCACAUUGCAAGCGGCUGCGAGUUCAAACAACAAGAAGGGGGGAUUUGCGCGUACCAAGUCAGCGGAACCAAGUUCACCAUUGCUUAGACGUGCUCUGUCCCCAGAUCGACUGCAUCCGCGCAGUGCAGAGACUAAGAUAUCACCUCUCUGCUGCUCGCCGCCCAUCAAGCAGCCGACACAUCAACGGGUGGUGGCCACCACCUGGAGGCCAGCGGCAGGCUCUGGCGGAGCUAGUGGCGCAACCGGAACGGCAGCAGCUGGACCAACAACCCAGCAGCCGGUCAAUGCAAAUGCCGAGGAAUCUCAAGGAAGGCCAUCAGCAGCAGUGGCGGUUGCAGUCACCACUGCAGCAGCAGUUCCAUCUGCUGCUACUACUGCUUCGGAUGCUGCUGUCAUCACGCUAGCCAAUUGUGAACUGUUGCCCCGAAUUGCCGAAGAGAAAGAUUCGCCCACCAGCACUCAGGACAGUAGUAGUAGUGUCUCCGAGGGAUUUAUGCCCGCCAUUGAGGAGUAUGCCGAGGGCGAGUCUUCCUCAUCGCCCACACAAACGCUAGAGAAGCCGGACAAACAGAAAUCUACUGGCAUCGCCAGCAUCGAUGACAUGUGGUAUCAAAAUCAAGAAGCCCUAAAUAAGGCUAAAAAGAUCGAAAUUGUUAAGAGUCAAACACCACCAACACAACAACAACAACAACAACAACAACAGCAACAGCAACAAAAUGCCACUUCUAAAUCCAAACCCAUCCCAUCCAGUGCCUGUAAAACUUCGAUGACAACGACAAAGCACGCCAGCCCCAGUGUAACCAUAUUAACGCCAGUACGCAAAGAGCCACUAACGACUCCGACGAAUCCAUCCGCCAAGCAAAAGAAGUAGCGCCAGGACAUAGUCGAGGAACACGACGCGAACGGAAAUGAAAGGGAACAACUGGGUUAUGGUUGUCUGUGUUUUAAAUAUCGCCAUUAAUUGCGCAUAGGAACAGGAAAUGGGAUUAAUUCCCAAUUCUUAAAACUGAAAAUCAAGGGAUUUGUAUUUGAAUGUGUGUGCGUGUUUAUAAAUCGUAUUUCUUUGGAGUAAGCUUCUGUUUUUAUGUAAUUUGCGCAAACAAAAAAAAAUUUACAAUUUAGCAAUGAAAUUAAUUAGAAAAUUUGUGAGAAAAAGUAAACAAAAAGAAACCAACAAUUAAAUACUAGUAGCUUGUAGUUAUGUUUCGUAAUCCGAUUAAAUACUAUAUAUAUAUAUAUAUAUAAACCUAUAUAUAUAGACUUAUAUACAUAUUUGUAAAUUAGUAGAAAGUAUGAGAGAGAGAGCAAAGUUAAAGAGGAUCUAAGAAGAUGGUAACGAUGCUGAUGAUGAUGAUGAACAGAUAUUCCAGUUUAAACAAAAGCAAAUCUAAGAGGCACAGCACGCAAUUUAUUGAAUAUAUUGUAAUUGUAUAUAUCUCUAUAUAUAUAUAUAAAUGUUUAACAUUUUUGAUAGAAUCAAUGGCAUUAUGAAAACAAGAGGGAGAGAGAGAAAGCGACAGUGAGAGCGAGAAGAAAGUGAAACAAAAAACGUCAAGUUACCAGAAUAAUUGCUUUGCUCAAGUGUCGGGUUAACAUUAUUUUUAAAACGUUUCUUUCUCCUAAUCUACUAUGCAACAACAACAACAACGCCACUAUGUCGAAUUCAA